UUGCUAUCUUUAAGAAAUGUCGACAUACGCGCAGCCUGGUGGCAAGAGGCAAAAGGUAAAGGAAGGUAGGGCUGCUGACAAUGUGGAUUAUUUUCAAGGUAUAGAGAAGGUGGAAUUCAACACGGCUGCGUCCGCCACCGACACGCUCAGCUACCGCUACUACAAUGCAGCGGAGAGACUGCACUCCAAGACUAUGGAAGACUGGCUUAAGUAUAGCUUGUCUUUCACUGAGUUCAGGACUUGCAGCGCAGAAUAUCCAAGAAUCAGUAACAACCGUCCCUGGGAUGACAAUUCGCACUCCAUGGACAAUUACAAGCGAUGCUUAAAGGCCUUUUUCGACCUCUGUACCAAACUUGGCAUUAAGUACUGGACAGCUUACGACACUGACUUGCUGCAUUUGUCCGAUAGUUGGGAAGAAAAUAAGACCAACUGGGACGAAAUUGUGGAAUAUAUUCACGAAUUGGGCCAGAGGUAUCAUGUGAAGCUGUUGUGGCUCGCUCCUGAUUUGCAUUCGCAUCCUCGGUACACAACUGGCGCAUUUACAAACAACGACGCUAAUAUUUUCGCACACGCAGCGACACAGAUCAAGAAAUGCCUAGAAGUGUCACAGCGCUUAAACGCCGAAUGUUUUCUCAUCUGGCCACACCGAGAAGGCUACGAUGCCAUAUUUCAAUCCGAUGUUGCCAGAGAGUUAAAAUUGUUUGUAAAGCUUCUCAAAAUCACCGCCGAAUACAAGGAUCGUUUGAAUACAAAAUUACAAUUGUUAAUAAUGCCGUAUCAUUUUAAUGGCAUGAAGAAAUUUCGGGAUACUGAAAUACUGAACUAUUAUAUGUGGGACAUCACUAGCUGUUUGUUCUUUUUGAAGAAUUAUGGUUUGGAUCGUCAGUUCAAGGUCUGCUCUCCCCCUGGACAUCAUAUGUAUAUGGCCAAUGCGUACAAUAUGUUGGGUGGUGUAACGAUAACAAACGAGUACGAUUUGUCCCAAAACAAAUCUUUAACUCUCAUGAUGAAAAGCAUUGUUGAUCAGAAUACCGCGCCCCCUGGUGGUAUAAACCUAAAACUCUUUUUGCGUCGUGACGCUGACGCUCGUGACGCAGCCGUGUGUUAUGUGAAGUACAUUGACGUCAUUGCAAAGGCUUUACGCGUUGCUUGCAAUAUUGUCGGCGAACAGAUAUUCUCUAAGCAUGUUCAGCAACGUUACAUCAGUUACUACAGCGGAUUCGGCGCACGCGUGGUCAGCGCUGACGUAACACUGGAAGAGUGUGAAGAAUACUACAAGAAGAACCAAGUGCACGAGACAACAAACUCCAAGUGCGAACAUUUCGACUUCGUGUUCCAGCGCUAUUUAGACUCUUGUGAUCACAUUUGACAACUUUUUGACAUCGAUUGCUGUAAACUUGAGUAGUGGCGUGUGAGAGAGACGGAAAUAGAUUUAUCUGUUUUCUCGCUUACACUUCUGAAUGUAUUCACAACUGUCACUUUUCUGUUUUUCUUUUUACUUGUGUGUUGUUGUUACAAUAGCGUGUUGUUUUAUGAAUACACAGUUUUUCAAAUCGAUUGACUAUUAAAUAUUCAGAUUACUAAUUACCACAUAAGCACUUAUAUUUGUAGGAAAAUAAAAUUUAGAUCUAUGUCUA